AGAAGAAGUAUAACAUUGAAAUACUCAAGUAAAGUACAAGUAUGUCAAAAUGAUAUGAAUGCAUUUAGUUCCAUUCCACCUCUGACAAUAUGACACUACUCAUGAUUAUUUUAUUGGGAAUUGUAUCUUUAAUACUUACAACUGGGAAUCCUACAUUCAAAUGUACACACAACAGAAUAGAAAGCUGUCAACAAUAUGAAGCAACAAGCUUUGCAGUAACUCCUACUGUUGUGGCUGCUGUGUUUGACUAUCUUAUCAAAAGGUGUUUCUAAUGUUCUGUCUGCCUCUCAAAAUGUUUUCUUAAGUAUAAAUGUAAUCACAUACAGCACUAACUAAGGCCUCAAACACUCGCACAGUUGGGUUGCAUUACACUGUACAGUGUGUAAUGGCACAAGCCAAAAUGUGCCGAGUCCACAGAGUCAGUCAGUCACCUGAUCGGUUCUGAUGCUGUUUCCAGUUUAGGGAGGCAGUUUCUUUUUAAUGUUAAUAGACUUUACUGUCAAAUCAUUGGAACAAACACGAUUUACAUUCAGGUUUUUUUUAAUUUUCCUGUUUCUUAUUUAAUUCUAAAGAUUGAAUAAUAUGUCUUUUUGAAAGGAGCCCACGUAUGACCGGUGUCUCACAUCUGUAGUCCUUAUUAUGUUCUAGGUUCCCUCUACAGGACCCGCUCCGGCUGCAGCAGUGGCUAAGGAACAUGAGACGUGACAACUGGACUCCCUCUCGACACCAGUAUAUUUGCAACAAACAUUUUGCACCUUCGUGUUUCAAGGUGCGAUGGGGGAUCCGUUACCUUGAGAGCGAUGCUGUGCCAACAGUCUUCCAGGAGGCUGAGAAACGGAAAACCAUGGAUCACAGUGAGAGGAAGCCAAAACAGCUUCGAGCUAACAGUAAUCAAAGCAUAGCGGUGCCAGAUGACAGGCUGCUGGCUUUUGACGUUGCAGAGAUGGAAAGCACGUUGCACAAGCACCUGUAUGAGAUCUCUGUCGACCCAUCGCAGCAGGGAGAGACCGGCCUGGUGGAGUCGAGUGAUGUUGGAGAGACUGACCGCUCUCACCGGACAGACCUGAACUCGCUGGUGGAUGGACUCGAAACGGGGACAGAUUUUCCUGUAACUUUAUUCCAGACAGUCAAUGAUCUAAGUAACAGUGGAGAGGUGUUAGUGAUGUCUGAAUGCCCUGCUGGUGAAGGGCAAGAUGAGCUUCUGAAUGGAAUCACUGCUGCCAUUCUAACUCAGGGCCACGGGCUGGUCAUGAAUGCCUCCACACUUGGCUGUACAGAUGAGGGUGUGGCCUCACUCGGUGUUGAAGAUGUGACUUGUGCCACAGAGGAGUUCUCGGACGUCCAUGAAACUCAAGUCAUCGCCUACUUCGAGGCGAAACCAAACGUUUUCCCCAGCGAAACCUCUACCCAGUCCACCUUCUCCCCGGAUACAGUGCUGUCGUCCGCUCUGAGCUCCAAGCCCAUCUCAUCUACUCUGCCCAUCGUGUCCAAACACGUGCCACCUUCCCCCACAUCCCUGGUCCUCACUGUGGAAAGACUGGACACAGAUGAGGGAGAGGGAGACGACGACGUGUCAGAGGAGGAUGGCACGGAGCGGCAGGAUCACCAGCUGGAGGAGCACUGCUACCAUAAGAACAGUCUGAGUAAGGAGCAGCUGGAGGCCAUUGUGGCUGAGCUGCAGAAAAAGGUGAAGGUGCUGCAGCAGCGACACCGCCGACACCUGGAGAAACUUCUGGGCCUGGAGAACACGGUCAGCCAGCUGAGGCAAAACAACCUGCUGAACGAAGAGCGACUACAGCUGCUUGAGAGGACUUGCAUACAGACCACUGCAGCAGUGUCAGAUUCCGGAGAGACUGUGGCCAUCAUCUACGAAGCGGACGAUGCUGCUUACUUGUACACUCCACUGAUUAACGCAGACUAAGCUGUGUGACUGACUGUCCCAUCGGUGUGCCCGCUGCGCCAAAAGGUGACGUGGCUAAUGCUGCUGAGAACAAAAUACUACCUACAUCUCCUUUUCUCCAAACAGAAUGUAUGAAAGGAAUGUGUCGUUAUAUCUGCUGUGAGAUUUGCACAAAUAUGGAUGAUUAAUAUGGGACAAUGUUGAAUGUGUUGUUUUUCUUUUAAGGUUACUACCCUCUACCCCUCCCCUCCUUCCUACAACCACUUUUGGUCUUUUUGUUUGUGAUAAAGUAAAUAUCAAAUAAAAAAUAACUUUCAUUAAGG